AUGGCUACGACAGAACCCCCAACACAAGAGAAGAUGGAGGCCCAGAUUAAAUCGGUCGACAUGACCGAGGAUAUGCAAAACGAGGCCGUUAAUGUUGCGAGGGAGGCUAUGGAAAAAUUCCAUAUCGAAAAGGAUAUCGCGCAAUACAUCAAGAAAGAGUUUGACUCCCGCAAAGGCGCUACAUGGCACUGCAUAGUUGGUCGCAACUUUGGCAGCUUUGUGACUCACGGCCACUGCGCCAUCCUCCUCUUCAAGACCCAAUGA